GGCUUCACUCCAAAUUUAGGGGGAAAGUGUCGAGUCUCUGGAGCAACAAGUGGGGGUAGAGAGAGGGCAGGAGCUGGGCUAAGUCAGGCCAUAGACCCACCACCACCCCCACCCCCUCAUCUUGGCAGACUUACCCCCCAACCCAGAUCAACUCAAUAAAAAUAUAGGUCCAAGGGGGGAAAGAAAAAAAAGAGCAGCAUUUUUGAUAACACUGCAAAAGUUGGUGACAUCCUUGAGAGGGGGGGAGAACAUGACGGAGGGACUGAGGGAGCAGAGUUAAACAAAAGCUGUUCUCAUUAAAUAAACGAGGCCUGGUUAAGGUUAUUGUGGCAUUUUGAAGGAAAAUACCAUCUAACCAACGAUCUUGCUCUGACACCUUGUGUCAUGAAACUUACACCAAAUCACGCUCCAUUAUAUGGGGAGUCUGUUCUAUCUGUGCUAUUGGAUGCUGAACACACAGUUGAAGAGGAUGUAACCCACUACCUGGUGUUUUCUGGCUCCAGUCAACAUCAUUUAACCAGCACACAGAGGAUAGAUCAGAAAACACUGCAGACAGUCGCUCCUGCUCACAACUGCUGUGAGACGGUGAAAGUUGUGCUGUGUGCCUCCAAGAAAGGACUUCCCAUUUCUGUGCUGGCAGAAGAGAAUUUCCAAUAUGUCCAGGACACUGUGCAUGACAUGGCACAGUUCCUGGUGAGCAGUGCUGGAUCACAAGAAGCACUCAAUGCUAUUCGGAUAAUGGAUAACUUUCGCGAAUCCUCCGACAAUGUGGCAUUACUGGAUAAAAAUCUGACUUUGGAGGUACAACAUCUGCUGCUACCAACCUCGUGGAAUGUGUUGGGACCAAAUCCCAUGUUGCCAGCUUCCAUCCCACGGGAAACCUUAAUGCAUUUUGCAGCGCGACUGGGUUUGUCCAGACUAGCUUCCUUCCUACUCCAGCAGCCAGGUGGACAGGAGGCUCUGGGUAUCACCAACCUUGAUGGUGCGACACCCGUUCAUCUUGCAACACAGAGAGGUUUCCACAAUCUCGAGGAACUUUUUACCCAGCAAAAGCCUGAUGCAGCGUUAGCAGGGGACGUAACACCGAUCGCAUCCUCGGAAGACUAUUCUGUACGCUACCAACGGCACUUGAACGUUUACAUGUAUACCAUCAAUAACCCCCAGAGAGCAGAGCUCAACAGUGUGGAACACAACAUCAGUGAACUGCAGAGAUAUAUCCAGACUCACAGAUGUGAAAUGGAUACGCUUUCUGUGCCAACCAAUCAGACGUCACAGCCUGAACUGUCACAACCUAUUGAGUUUGUUGAAAACUUAAGAACUGAGGAGGGUUGUAAAGCCAAUAGUAGCAGCAGCAGCAUUGCACAAACACCAAUUGAAAUGCCAGCUGAGAACUCAGUUUGCCUACAGGAGAGCAUGCCAACUGAUGAAGAGGUGACUGAUUGGUGUCCUGAGGGGAUGCAUUUUAAGCAUCAAGAAAAUAUUACUCAAGACAGCAUUACUGAUACAAAAUUGGAGAGAGCAGCCGGUUGCGAAGAUCCAUGCACAAACCUGGAAUGUGAAGGACAACAGGAGGAGGCUGUGUUGAUGGUAGAGUCUGAAAAUAUACCAGGGAAAACUGUACUUUUGCAGAAAGCAUCUAAUGGGGAUUGUGAUAAUUACAGCGUGUCCUGUGACACAGCUCUUGUGGAAACUUCAGGACCAUCUGAACAAUUACAUCACAAUCAAGAGUACGCUUUCGAAGAGGAUGCUUCACAAAGGGAGAUGUCGGACAAUAUGUUAAUUUUAAACAAUAAUAGUCCUGACAGUGAAACAGUAGUCACUAUGAAACCCCUUGAAGUAAAGGAGAAAUCUAUUCCAAUUGCAGAAAAUAAGCUAGAAAACGUCAAAAACUGUGUUGAAUUGGUUACUGAUAAAAAUGCCCUGAGUGAUAAUGGUGGAUCAACAGAGGAAUUUACACAGCUGACGGACUGUCACGCUAUACAACUGAACAAUGGAAGUCCUCCACACCCUGAACAGAUUGCAGAAGUAGAAGGCAAUAUGGAGUUGACCAAAGAUGAGUCCAGUGCAGAUAUUAAUGCCAGCAUGACUAAUGAAGCUAACGCUGAAGCUGGCUUUGAGAUGAAAAAUGAUUCUCUUGAAAAAAUGUUUGCAAGUUCCCAAAACUUGAUUCUCAAUUCUGAUGAGGAAUGUGAAGGAAUAGACCAUGAAAUGGCUGUAGAGGAAGAGUUUGUACAGACUCGCAAAGUGUCUGAGAUAUUGCAGUCACUGAAUGACAUUGAGGAGUAUGAACAGACUCACUCUACAUCAGAAGUGCUACACUUAAAUGUCUUGGAAAGCGAACCUGAGCAAAAUGAUGACGAGUUGGAAGUGGACUGUCUUUGUGAUGAUCAAUGGUCUCAACAGGUUGACGCAUUAUUAGAAACUGCAUUAGAUUCCAACGUUGAGGACCAUGCUAUGCCAAUGGAUGUCCAAUCCACAGUGGAUUUAAAAGAAGGAGCUUCUCAAGAUGAGUGCAUCAAAGAGUUGUUGUCAUCUAAAUGCAGCUCUGAAAAAGAGCCAUCUUGGUUGCCGAUGACAAUGAAAUGUUCCAUUAAACAUAAUGAAGACUUUGGACCCCAAGGAGCCAAAAGGACAUUGGAGGUCCUAACCAAACCAACUGAUACUGUUGCACAUCUGCAAAACCAGGAAGUGUUGCUCAGCAUAGUAGAAGAACCUGCUGAUUAUAUGGUGAACAGUUAUUCAGAUUCUGAGGAUCUGUUUCAACAAAAUGGGAAACCUUCAACCGUAGAUGAGGAAGAUCCCUGCGUAAUGAAAUGCUGUGGAUCAGGAAGCAAAGCAAAUGACAAAAGUGAAGACAUUUUCCUUGGAAAUGAAAAAAUUAACACAAUUUCUUUGGAUUCAAAAGUGCUGCAGCAUUCUGAUCGAAAAUUUAACAUUGUACUGGAUGCAAAUGGAAAUUUAGAAACAAUCAGCUUUAAAGAAGGACUACCAGAGGACGAAGAUGAUUGUGUCCAGAAACUGCCUGAGGAUCUUGCUGAAUUUGUCUCUGAACAGAUUAGCCGAGAAAGCUGGGGUCCUGAUCCCACGCGGGUGCAACCAAAGCAGAGUGCCAAUGCAGCCGAAUAUGGUCAGUUGUCUGAGCAGCAGUUGGUGGUUGAGUGUCCCUCCUCAAUGCCUGUGACUGGGGAUCCUUUGUGCCAUUCAGAUGGAGCAGUUAGUGAUGAGAGCUCAGAAGCUGCUGACCUGCUUAUGAAGCUUGUGGGUGCGCAGAACAUUGAGUAUGAAGUUAGUGGUGUGACGACAAGUAGUUCGACUAUUGGGCAUUCUGAGUCACCUGAGCUGACCGCAGCCCUUGAUGGUGAGGUCUUCCUGCCCUCUGAUGCAAUCUUGGAAGUAAAGGAGGAUCAUGACAGACAGAGUCUUUUGAGCACCGAGCAGAGGGACAGCAGAGGGUCGGCAGGGCAAGAUAAUGGCUGCACUGUAGUGUGUGAAGCUGAAGAGGAGAAGGACAGUGUUGCUGAUGUGCCCACACGAGCCUCCAUCUUCAGACCAGUGAUCAGGCCACUGUCACCCUUCCGGCGACACAGCUGGGGACCCGGGAAGAACACAGGCAGCGAAGCAGAGAUCAAUCAGAGAAGUUCUGUGAGAAUGCUUGGUGACAUGGUAAAGCGGCCACCAAUUCAUAGAAGAAGCAUGAGUUGGUGUCCCUGUGAGAAGCAGUGCCCUGUCUUGGAAUCUGACAUUAGUUACCGAAGUUACAGCCUGGAAGGUCUGGUACAUAACAACGAGGUGACCAAGGAAACGUCACACACUGCGGAGUCCGUUUUGCAAAAUUCCCGCGACCCUCGCCGAGCUCCAAUCAUCAGCACCGAUGAGCGUGGAUCACUUGUCUCACUGACCGAGGAAGAGAUGGAGUCAGACCACAGCGAUGGCAGUGUGUUUGACAACCCGAAAUCGAUGAGGGUACAUUCUGUUCCUCCACUGAUGAAAUCCAUUUCACUACAAGCCAUUAACCCACCGAAUGUAGACAAACCUGGACGCCCCAGGCCCAAGAAGAGAAUCUCCUUUUCCCUGAGCAUUUCUCCACUCCUUCCUAAGCCUAAAACUGUCUUUUCUCUUGGUUCUUCCUCAAGUGACGAUGAAUUCGAUAAUUUAAGAUCGUCCACCAGUAACUCUCUGGGCCAGAGCAUUUCCGAAGAGGAUUACAGCCAAGUGCCCCCGAGUCCAACAAGGAAGGAUUUGGAAGGGAAAGGCAGCACUAAAGUCUCUCGAACUUUCAGCUACCUCAAAAAUAAGAUGUCAAGUGGAAAACACAAGAACAAGGAGAAAGAGAAAUCAAAAGAGAAGGAAGUAAAAGACAAAGACAAAAAAACUGUAAACGGACACGGUUUUACUGCCAUCUUAGCGUUCCGUACUCCACAAUGUGCCCAGUGUAACAAAGCCAUCACCAGUCGAGAGGCAUACCUAUGCAGCAGUUGUAAUGCUCAAGUUCACAAGGGUUGCAGGGAUAGUCUGCCCUCCUGUAACAAGAUUAAACAGAAGCAACAGAAAGCCCCUCAGGCCCAAGAUUCUUCAACAUUACCCACUGCCGUCAAUAUGCGAAAUAAAACUUUCCAACCCAAAGAACGCCCAAGGUCAGCAAUAAUUCUUCAAGAUGACAACGUAUUGAGCGCUCCUAACAGGAAAAUGCCCCUCUACCGAUCACUCUCCAAGAGUAUGUCAAUAGCCAAUAUUGCAGGACCUGCGAUCGAUGAAACCUCCCUUGCAUCUUGGCGGGUUUUGUCACAGUCGACAGAUUCUUUAAACCACAUCAAACAAGUGACCGAGUCAAUGGAGUCACUGACUGAUGAAGACUCUGCAUGUGUACUGCACGCUCCCACAGGUACAGAUGUCAUGGACGGGCAGCUGAUGGGAGAGUUCGAGUCCGAUGCUAAAGAACUGGAAGCAGACUCCUGGAGCCUAGUAGUGGACAACGACUUUGUGUGUCAGCAGAAGAAGGAUGUGAUUAAACGGCAGGAUGUUAUCUAUGAGUUAAUGCAGACGGAAAUGCACCACCUCCGAACUCUGAAGAUCAUGUCUGAAAUCUACAGCAAAGGGAUGACAAAGGAGCUGCAGUUUGAAACCUCGACAGUGGAACGUAUCUUUCCCUGCCUGGAAGAUCUGAUAGACAUCCACACACAAUUCCUCUAUCGGAUUCUAGAGAAGAGGAAAGAGUCCUUGGUGGCAAACAGUGAGCGGAACUUCUUCAUUAGAAAGAUCGGAGACAUUCUGGUGAAUCAGUUCUCUGGACCGAGUGCUGAGCGCAUGAAGAAGACGUAUGGGAAGUUCUGUGGGCAGCACAACGACGCCGUGAAUUUUUGCAAAGAGCUCUUGGCAAGAGAGAAAAAGUUCCAGGCCUUUGUCCGGAAAAAAAUGAGUAGUUCCAUAGUUCGCAGAUUAGGAAUCCAGGAGUGUAUAUUACUGGUUACUCAAAGGAUUACCAAGUAUCCCGUGAUUGUCCAGCGGAUAAUUCAGCAUACCAAAGAAAAUGAUGACGAUCACGCUGAUCUCACAAAAGCACUUGCCAUGAUAAAAGAGGUGAUCGCAGCAGUUGAUAACAAAGUAAGUGAAUUUGAAAAGAAAACCAGACUGCAGGAGAUCCACAGCAGAACAGAGACCAAGGCCAUCAUGAGGAUGAAGAGCGGCCAGAUGUUUGCAAAGGAAGACUUGAUCCGGAGAAAGCUGGUACACGAUGGCCCUGUUACAUUAAAGACUUCAGCAGGAAGACUAAAAGAAGUCCAGGCUGUGUUGCUUUCUGAUGUGCUGGUGUUUCUUCAAGAGAAGGAUCAGAAGUAUACUUUUGCUGCACUGGACCAGAAGUCUACUGUGGUGCCACUGCAGAAACUUAUUGUGCGUGAAGUAGCACACGAGGAAAGGGGCAUGUUCCUCAUCAGUGCAGCUGCCAAGUUACCUGAGAUGUACGAGGUACAUGCCAGCUCCAAAGAGGAGAGGACGAACUGGAUGCAAAUCAUUCAGCAAACUACCAGCACGAUGGGUCAGGAUGAAGAUGAAGGAAUUCCCAGUGAGUCUGAGGAAGACCGGCGGCAGCUAGAGAGCAGAGCCAAAGAACUGAAAGAGAAGCUGCAGGAAAGAGAUCAACAAAUCCUUUCACUCUUGGAAGAGAAACUGAGACUGUACAAGGAAAUGGCGGAGGCUACUGGGCACGAAGAAGCUUCGCAGAAUCUGAUAACCAGGUCCUUGUUCAGAGCAAAUACAGAAGAUGCCCCAAAGGGAGAGUCCCUACUCAAGGAUGCAAUGAAAGAAGUCGAGAUCUUGCAGAAUGUGCUGUCUCAGAGCUUUGGAGGUGCUAUCGGGCAGCAGUCAUCAGGCAGUGCAGACCAGGAGGGAAUCACUGGACACGUAUCCUUACCCAGAAGGGCCGAGACAUUUGGAGGCUUCGACAGCCAUCAGAUGAGUGCCACGAAAAGCGGAGAAAAGGAUGAAGUAGAAGAUGGGCAGGACCUUCGCAGGACAGAAUCAGACAGUGUUUUAAAAAAGGGACUGACGGCGAAUCUGAUCCUGCCAAUUAGAAAGAAUGAGUAUGUGCUUCAGAAGGUGCUGAGCCUGCAGCAGUUGUUGCUUGGAUUACAGGCUGUCGUGGUGCAACAGGAUUCGUUCAUCGAGGACCAGAAGCAAGCGACGAGUGAGAGGAGUGAGCGCUUGACGCGGUCAUCUUUACGGCCGAGCUCCCUGAUCGAGCAGGAGAAGCAACGAAGUUUGGAGAAACACCGUCAGGAGCUGGCCAACCUGAAACGGCAGCAGGCACUGCACCUGGAGGAGAAGAAGAAAUGGGAACGGGAGUGGGAGAUGAAGGAGAAGGAUCUGACUGAGCGGGAGGCCAAAGUGUCGCUGCAAGAUGCUGAGACAGCAAGGUUACAGAAGGAAGUGGAAAAGCAGAGGGAGGAGCUUCAGUUGAGGAAGGAGGAGUAUCAGCAGGAUCUGGAGAGGCUGAGGACAGCACAGAAGCAGCUCGACAAGGAGAAAGAGCAGCUAAAGAGGAUGGAAGAGCUGAUCACUCAUCAAAGGCAGAGCCGCCUGACACACUCGGAUUCCCUCAGUUCACAGUCUUCAGAUCGAGAGGUUGUGACGCCAAUUGGCCCUCUGACCGAGGGAUCCUCAAGCUCAACAAAGCUGUUUGGCUGUAAUUCGUUAAACCAGGAACAUUCGGAGGCACACCUUAUGAAGAGGGAUGUGGAGACUUCUCCCAGCCCGACUUGGAAAGACUCCACACAAAGCAAUGCCAAGAACCUCACAAGUCAACCACGAAACACCACAAAUUCAACCAGCAACCCACUGCCACCACGGUUACUCAAGCUCGCGAAACCAAAGGAGAAGAAAUCCAAACACCGUAAGGGCAAAGGUCACCGCUCUGGGAACUUACCACCCGAAUACAAUCCAGAUGUCCUACCAACAGCAGACAGCUCAGCACUGAAUAAAACAGCACCAGAUAAAAAGCACCCUGCAACUGAACUUCUGGGCAAUGAAGAGGUUUUCUACUGCUGAUCUUUCCUGCUUUAGAGACUGUGUGGAGAUUUGGGGCUGGAGGAGGGUGAGGGAGAGGAUAAGGACUCCCCUCAGCCAUGUGACUGUCUACAGGAUGUGUGAUAUCCACACUGUCUUCCCCGUUGCUCUCUGAUGGUGGUAUUGAUGGGACUGCGUGCUGAAAUAAUAAAAAUAGAUACGUAUUAAGUUGGUACAUCAAUCUCUCUCUCUGCGUAACAAAACAAUUGAUUGAGAAAUGCUGUCCAAAAGGCAAGGCGAGGAAACAUCUGGUUGAUUUAAAACCCAGCAAGAGCUUGUUGGAAAUUGAUGCAGUUUAAAUCAGAGCAGUGAAACAAAAGUUUGAUAUUUCUUGAAAUGUUGCGGUCUUCUGAGGCAUUGUGUUGUCACUGGCGUUCAGUGCUGUUCUAAAAAGGGAAUUUGAGUCAAACUCUUAACUCAGCUUCAUCCCACAACUGCCAUCACUGGUGACUGCUAAGUUGUCACCAGGAGCUUGGCUCCUGAGGCACCUCCUUCCAAUGCAGCCUUUUGGCGAGCGUCUGCCUCUGGAAUGUUUCUGUUUUACACCAGUCCAACCCUGUAAGAGCAUUUGAUCAAAACCCUUUUCUCCAGAGCCAUUCUCAACACUUUGCUCACCUCUUGCAUUAUUUCUGGCCUUAUUGACUUGGGAGAUGGUUGGUCAGGGGCGAGUCAAUUUUUAAAUAUACCCUUCCGAAAAUAUCCAGCCAUUCUUUCAGUGACUAAACAAACCACUUACUGAAAUGGGAGAGAAUAUGAAGAUUGCAGGAUGGGAGAGAUUAAUUUGCCAGCUAGUUGAUUCACUUCAAAUUUCUGGCAUAGUAGUGUGUAUUCUGCGCCAUCAAUCUAUGUUGUAAAUAAAAUUGCAGUGAGUGCAAUGGUUUUUAAUUUGUGCAUUUCUCCCAUUUGAGGGAGAGAAAGGUUCAUCCCUGAGAUUUCCUUUUCCUUCAAACAUGUUAAUAUUUAAAUCUUAUGGGGUAGAAAUUGUCAAAUAUCGGUGUAAAAUUAAAUUCUGAAUGUAAAAUGUUUUUAAGAGCAAGAACUGUAAAGCUACAAAGGUGGAAUUAAUGCACGAUGGUUUAUACUUGAUUUUUUUUCUAUUGCUUUAAGUUCCAUUCUACUAGAAUGUUAAUUGGGAUAUUUUAAUUGUUUUUAUGUAGAUCAUCUCAUAAUUUUUAAAAUCAAUAGUGUCUUCUUUUGGAUGGCCUGCAUAUGAUUUGAUGAGGAAACACAGUGUGUAGGGCACUAAUUUUUCACCUGGAACCUGGGUUCAGAUGCAGCCUGGACUGAAAGGGGGUCAAAGAUACUUGGGUCAGCAUUGACAAGCCUGAUGUGGAAUGAGUUUGGAUAGUCUUUGUCCAGUCCGCACCACACAACUAUCUGUAAUUUGGCACUAACUAUGAAAUCUCACGCACAAGGUGGGGGUGGGGGAGGGGUCAAAGGCACACGUAGAGAAAAUGGAGACAUGAUACAUUGGGGUUUUACAGGGGUACUUCAGAUGUAAGUCAAAGAAAGCCUUACUCUCACUUAUUUGUUCACACCAGUUUCCCAAAACGGGGCUAAGUUCCACGCCAUUAUCUUCACUCACUCACUGAGCACAGAUUCACCCAUUAUUACUGAGCACCAACAGUUUUCCAGUACACCUCGUCAAGGAACACCAGGCAGUUUCCUCAAAACCCUUUGUUGAUGCUAAUGUUGAGAGGGAUCUGUCCAUCUACAGGGAUAAGAAAGUCCCUUUUGAUUCACAGUCAGAGGGAUAGUUUGCAGUGUUUAACUAUAGAGGGAGCACAAAAUUGAUCCCAUUUACCUUUUACUCCUGAUACCUCCAACCUGCUGCAAGGUCCCAUUCCAGAAAAGGAGGGAAGAGUCCAACUCAAACCAGGGUCAGAGUGAGGUGGAGAGGUGCCCCUGAUCAGUUGCUGUUGGUACCUCAGAUGAUUGUUGACUUGUAAAGAGUUUAGGAAUCAAUGGUCCAUUUUCUUGUUAGCAAUGUACAAACAGGAGGUGGCCAUUCAGCCCAUUGAACCUGGUCUGUUACAAAUAGAAUAUGGAUGCUCUGUAUCUUAACUCCACUUGAUUCCUUAACCCUUAAUGUACCAUUGCCUCACAAGAAUCAAUGUCUUGAAUCCAAGACCCAUUCCAUAUGAGACAAGGCCAGCUUGAAAGGCAGCAUCAUCUCCAGAGUGUGGUCUGUGGCCGUGAAGCACUUUAAAGAAACAAAAACUUGUUUUUUUUUGUAAAUCAUGUACACUGUUGUCAGCUUUCAUACUACUUUAAUCAGAAGACAAUCACAAUUCCAUGGCCUGUGCUGUAUAUUGUGGAUUCCAAAUGCACACGUCAGGGAAAGAAACAAAGUGGAGUUUUAAUGCAAGAUGCUAUUUCAGUUAUGUUUUGGACUUGCUCCUGCCCAAGAGAAAAGGGCUGCAUUUUACCAAAGGCAGAACUCAAAACCAGGGAGAAUACAACCACUGUACAUGGCUUUGAAAGCUUCUAUCAUUUCCUGUGGUCCAGAUUUGAUUUAACAAUCUUAAGAGCUGCUAUUAAUUUUAUAAUUUUUUUUAACAAAAGUAUAUAGUGUUCCCCUUCAGGUUUUUGCCAAUAGCUGUGGUAAUUGGUGUUUAUUUUGACAGGGCGAUUUGUGUUGAUACAUUGCUGAGGCUGUCCGUACAUUAUCAAGGGCAGCCCUGACCCAACCACAUCAGAAAUGUCGAGAAUGAAGGUUUCUCUGAGGAAACCCCAUUCACGGCAAGGCUUUGUAGGAUCCAUGUGAACCCUGCCAAAAGAAAACCCGAAAUUAUUUGAAUGUGGUAUUUCUGAUCACUUUGAGGACAGAGUAAUGUCUUUUGGUGGGACCCAGGUUUCAUGGCCUUUGAAUAUCUCUAAGUGAUCAUCUCUUUCUUGUCCAAAUGGGGGUUUAUUGUGCAGACCUUCGAUCAUGACAGGUAGCAUGCCCAAUUCACCUUUGGCUUGGUCAGAUAUUAGCGUAUGGACAUUCCCCCUACUGUUCACUGCAGGCAUCAGCAGUAAAUGAUCUUCCUUACAUCUCACCCCCUUCUAUCACCACUCUGAACAUUUCUACCACGGUCACACCUCUGACCUCCAAUACAGAGAGAACCGUUUUAAAGAUAAAUGUAUUCCUCAGGGUUUGGCAAUACAGAGUGACAAGACAUUAGAGCAGCAUGGGGGUGACACAAUAAAGAUGAUCAUCCUGCAUGGGACAGUCUGGGCUGUUAACCUCCCAAGAACUUUGUAAAAGUGGGUUACACCAGCGGAAUUGGGCAAUACAGUUUAUCUUAUUGGAGAGUAACAAAACUAUUCAAGCUCCUGCUUGAUUUCCUGAUCGCUGGGAGGAUGGGAAUGGGUGCUAGUCAAUCCCACUAGAUUUAAGUUUUAAGAUUUGCAUGUGACUUGUGUUCUGUUCUAACAGUCAUGACUUCAAGGAGUUUAGUUUGUCUUUCAGGGGUCAGGAGAAUAGUGUCGGCCAUUAUACCAACAUUUAAAUCUGAAACUGGAAAUACCCAUGUUAGGACACAGUAUCCAAAAAGAGAGGGAUUUAUUUCAUAGGUAAACUUUUACGUUAAUAAGGAGGUACCCAUGGGUACAAUUACAUCUGUCUUCUCCUGAGAGAGACACUCCUCAAAUUACCCUUUUCCCUUGUACCCUAUCUAUUUUUUCAACACUGUUGAGUGUGUCUGACUGUUGAAAUAACACAGGCAGGAAAAUAACAGUAAAAUAUUAGCCAUUAGAGAGAACACACAAAGGAAUUUAGCCCCAGAAAUGUUAUUUCAAGUUUAUUUUUACUUUUUUUAAAUGGACAUGAGAUUUUAUUUAAGUUUUGAAACCCUUACAUUUUGGAAUUUUACAUCCUUGGAGAACAUUUGUUGAGUUAAUUUUUACUGAGUGUUGAAUGCCGCUCUCUGUAGUACUGUAAGCUUGAAAGAUGCACACCACCCUCCUCACAAUCCCAUCUAUAAUUUUGGACCAUCACCCAGUUCCUGCAGAGCUAACAACACUGAGAAGACAUGAAAGGCAGGCAAGAUUUUAACUCACUCAGUAAGUAUUCACCUGCAGAGUUAAUAUUGGGCUCAUUGUAUUCCUAGAAAAAGGUGGGAUCUCGGGGACGCUGUCUACCCAGAUGGGUUUCAAACUUCUAGAUCUUUCCUGAGCUAGCGGGUAUAAAACCUCGCUGACAAAGACAGAGAAUCGCGGACCAUUCACCCAGUGCUACUUAAACAGGGCUCUGUGCUUUAAGCAGCCAACCACCAAUCCCAACCGACCAUGCCCAGUUUCUCCACACCAUUUCAAAUUGCUUGAUUACAGACCCACCUGCCUUGUACUGAAAACAUUUAUGCACUAACUGAAUAAUGGACAUGCUCAGGAUGUCUCUCAAGCAUUUUAUAUACCUCUCUGCUUUCAAAAAAAAAAUUCCUGAGGAUAAACAAAAAAAGAUCUACUUGCACCAAGGUACACCUUGUAUUUUUCUUGAUUCUGUGUACAAAAAAAAUAAUUAUAAGGAUGAAAACCUAAUUAUUUUAUCUAUGAUGUAAUUACUGUAUAAAAGUGGAAACUGUAAACAUAGUUACAUUUCAGUAAUGUUGCUGUGAUCUCCAGUAGCUUUUUUGUAAUUAAACUUUUAUUUAUCAUUUUCCCCUUAUAGAUUAUCAGCCAAUGUAAAUUUCUUUCCCCCACAAUAAACAUUUACACCAUAGAUUUA